UCAACCGCUUAAACCCCCAUCUUCCCUUGGCAAGUCCUAUAACUCGUCUUCAAGAAAUCAAAAACAACAAGUCUACCGUUUAAGAGAAACAAAUUUCUCUUUUUCCAUUUUGAACUCGCUCUUAAAACUUUAACAAGAGAGACAAAACCCUAUCAAGAUUCAGUGACUAUGAGUCCAAGAAAGAUACAAUUUUGCAUCUUCCUCUUCAUUCUCUUCAACUUGAAAGUUUCCCCUCUUGUGUUAGCAAGCAGUAGCAAUGUAAGUUUUGAGUUCCCUUCUUUCAAUCUCCGGAAUCUCACUCUCCUUGGUGACUCUUAUCUCCGGAAUGGUGUCAUUGGCCUCACCCGUGAUGUCACGGUGCCUUCUUCAAGUUCAGGCACUGUAAUCUACAACAACCCUGUUCCCUUUUUUGAUCAAGAAUCCAAUACCACAGCUUCUUUCUCAACAAGGUUCAGUUUUUCUAUCCUUGGUGUCAAUGAAAACUCUUAUGGUGAUGGUUUGUCUUUUUUUCUCUCACAAGAUAACCAAACUUUUGGUAGCCCUGGAGGGUACUUGGGUCUUGUUAAUUCUUCUCAGUUGACCAAGAACAAGUUUGUAGCAAUUGAGUUUGACACCAGGCUUGAUGCCCAUUUCAAUGAUCCAAAUGACCACCAUGUUGGUUUAGACAUUGAUAGCCUUAAUUCAAUCAAGACUGCUGAUCCAAUCUUGCAAGAUAUUGAUUUGAAGAGUGGAGAUUUGAUCACAUCUUGGAUUGAUUACAAGAAUGAUUUGAGGGUCUUGAAAGUCUAUAUGAGUUAUUCAAGUUUGAAACCAGGAAAUCCCAUACUAACUGUAGACAUCGAUCUCUCUGAGUAUCUUAAAAGGGAUAUGUAUGUGGGGUUUUCAGGUUCUACAGAAGGAAGCACUGAGCUUCACUUGAUUGCUAAUUGGAGCUUUAGAACCUCUGGGUUCCUUCCUGUGAAUCCAAAUUCAAAUCGUCACAAUGUAUCUGAUAGUUCAGUGACUGUAACAACACCAGUUAUUCCUAUAUCAAAUGCUGCGAAUAAACGUCACAAGAGACUUGGUUUGGGUCUUGGGAUUGCUGGUCCGGCUUUCUUUUGUGCGUUCCUAGUGGCUUUUGGUUAUUUUUCUGUGAGGAAGUGGCAGAAGAUCAAAAGAGUCAAGAGCCUGAAAGCAGAGCUAGUGACAGGGCCAAAGGAAUUCAGUUACAAAGAGUUGAAGAUAGCCACAAGAGGGUUUCAUUCAAGCAGAAUAAUAGGUAGAGGUGCAUUUGGCAAUGUCUACAAGGCCCUCUUCAACUCUUCGGGUACCCUUGCUGCGGUGAAAAGAUCGAAGCAUUCCCAUGAAGGUAAAACUGAGUUCCUUGCUGAGUUGUCAAUUAUAGCAUGCCUGAGGCACAAGAAUUUGAUUCCACUACUAGGUUGGUGCGUUGAGAAGGGUGAAGUGCUGCUUGUAUAUGAAUUUAUGCCAUAUGGGAGCCUUGAUAGGAUGCUAUAUGAAGAAGGUUCUGAGCUAGGAAUAUUUUUAAACUGGGCACAUAGGCAAAAGAUUGCAGUUGGCUUGGCCUCUUCGUUAACAUAUUUGCAUCACGAAUGCGAGCAGCAAGUCAUUCAUAGAGAUAUAAAGACUAGUAACAUAAUGCUGGAUGGAAACUUAAAUGCAAGGCUGGGUGAUUUUGGAUUGGCAAGGCUAAUGGAGCACGACAAGAGUCCUGCAUCAACGCUUACUGCUGGGACAAUGGGAUACUUAGCUCCUGAGUAUCUUCAUUAUGGGAAAGCAACGGAGAAAACUGAUGUUUUUAGUUAUGGAGUGGUGAUACUUGAACUGGUUUGCGGUAAGAGGCCCAUUGAGAGAGAACCAGUCAGCCAAAAAAUGGUGAAUUUAGUUGACUGGGUAUGGGGAUUGUAUGGUGAGGGAAAUAUAAUUGAAGCAGCUGAUCCUAGGUUGAAUGGGGAGUUUGAAGAAGAAAUGAGGAAGCUAUUACUUGUGGGUUUGAGUUGUGCUAAUCCGGACAGUACGGGGAGGCCUACGAUGAGAAGAGUCCUUCAAAUCCUCAAUGGUGAGGCCGAGCCUAUUGCUGUGCCGAGGAAGAAGCCGAGCCUCACAUUCUCUUGCGGCCUUGCAUUGACGCUUGAGGACAUUUUUUCUAACUGUGAUUAGUGUCAUACCAUGUUGCAUAUUAUGGCUGACUCAAAUUUUAUUGAUUGUUUUGAUUCUUUGAAUUCUUUUUGUUAAAUUUGUUAGUUCAUAUUCAGCGAUUAGAAAGUUUAGCUACGACAUUUUAGGCCAUAGUUCAAAACUAUUGUAUUGAACUGUGUGGUCUCUGCCACAUCCUGGACAUGUUAUAGGACAAGUUCUUGCAAAACUUUGAAUGUGUAUUUGAUCUCUACAGUAAUCAAACAAGUAUGCACUGGAUUUUUUUCUCUUC